AUGUGCGGGGGGGGGCGACUAGCGGUGGGGCGCGGGCGGCGAUGGGUGUUCUUGCGGGGGGGUGCGUCGGCUACUGGGGGUGGGCGCGCCGGGGGGGGGGGGCUGUGGGGGUCGUGGGCUUGGGCGGGGCGCGUGGCUGCGCAGGGCGUGCGGGUUGUGGCUGCGAGAGGUCUGGUUGGGCAGCGGGGGGGGGUGUGUGGGCGGGAGCAGCGGGGGCGGAACUGCGGGUGCGGCGGGUCAUGCUGGUCGCCUGCUUGGACGGGCUGCGGGUGGGGCUGUGUGUUGGUGGGUGGUGGGGAGGGUGCGGCCGAGGCGGCGGUAGCGCCUGCGCUGCUGGGGCGCGUCGGCAGCUGUCCUGCGGGAGCGGUGCUAUCGGGGGUACCGUGUGGGGGGUCCUGCCGCUGCCGGCCAGCCGACGGGGGCGUCGGGGUUGCGGUGGUUGGAACUGCGGGGGGGCACUGCGACUGCGUGGGGGGGGGGGUGGGUGGGGGGGGGGCGCGUUUGGAGCCGGACUGCUUGGGUGCGGGGGGCGGUGAGGAACUGCGGGGGGGGAAUGCUGGCGGGCGUGAUCGGUUCGUGGUGGGGGUGGUGAUCGGCGGAACUGCGGCUGCGGCGGAUAACAGCUGUGGUCGAUUUCAGCGGGGUGGCUGGUGA